AUGGCUUUUAAUAUUGGCUCCCCUGUUAAAGAAAGGAGCAAGAUCUUUGAGAACUAUAAUGAACAACAAGGCCCUAAAAAUACGAGGUCGCUAUCCAGAAUCUCAUCUUCCCAGGCCAAUACAAUUUCCCUUAAGAAAUCGCCGCCAUUGAAGCAAUUAGAUCUAUCUGUUAGAAAUGCACAGGAUAAAGAGAAUCGGAGUUUUGCUGUAAAUUCUGGAUUAGGGUCUAAAAUAUUCAAUAGUCCCUUUCUACAGUCUGAGAAAAACAGCAAACCAGUCUUGAAAGUUAAUAAUGAGACCGCUAAAACUCCAAUACGUAAACAAAAUGAUAGUACUAAGAAGAAUUUAGCAAGCACCCAAAGUCCUCCAAAAACUAUCAGUAAACCAAAAGAGAAGUUAUUUGCAGUUAAUACUACUCCAAACGUAGAACGUAAACUUACAGUUGCGAAUGUUUCCAAUGACAAUAAAAAAUACUUUGAGUUCCUUUGUAGGGUUGGUGAAGCGAAGAGAUGGAUAGAAGAAGUCAUCAAGGAAGAGUUACCCGAUGAGUUAGAGCUUGCAACAGGCAACGCUAUGAGGGAUGGUUACUUUCUAGCUAAACUGACCCAAAUUAUUAAGCCUGAUCUUGUGUCAAAUAUAAUCCCUCCAGGUAGGCUGCAAUUCAAACAUACUCAAAAUAUAAAUGCGUUUUUCGCUUUAACUGACCAAGUCGGCGUCCCUGACCUUUUCAGAUUCGAAUUGACUGAUUUAUAUGAGAAGAAAGACUUGCCAAAGGUUUUCGAGACAUUGCACGCAUUGGCCAGUAUUUUGAACGCCAGAUAUUCUGGACAGGUUCCAGAGAUUUUGAAUCUAUCUGGAACGCUCGAGUUUUCUGAGGAAACCCUUCGAAUGUGCAAACGUAGACUUCCCAAUGUUAGGAACUUUAGGUCCUUUAAGAGUGAAGGUGCGUCUUUUGCCCUAAAUACUAUGACAAAUAAUAAUGAAGGACUAAUAAAGGACUGGACAUUAAAGAAAGCGGAAGCAACCCCUGAACCUAAUACACAAGACGACAUCAGCUCAAAUUAUGACCGUGAGCUAAAUAGUCCGCAGAUUUCAGAAACUCAAUUGAGCACUCCUACUAAUCCAACUGAUGAAGAUACAAUAGUUGUUGCCCCUAAGUAUGAGCUCCCUAUGCUCGACUCAAGUAAUAUUCCAGAGCUUAAGAAAUCUACAACUUUCAGUAAAGAAGACGCGCCUACUACACCAGAAAAGCAAACUGCUCAAGCAAUUUACCCAUCUCUCCGCUAUACAUCACCUUCAUACCUUAAAGAGCCUCAUAUGGAAUCCAGAACAGCUUCAAUGCUAUUUUCAGAUCCUUUUUUGCGAACCACUAACACAAACUUGAAUUACAAUACCCACAUAAACCGAUUCUCAUAUUAUUCACCAGGUAUUUCGAGGCGAAUUGCAUACGGCACCGAGUUACCGUACUCACCUGAGCAUGAUUACGGUGGCUUAACGCAGUACGGCUACUCAUAUAUUACACCGUCAUAUUCUCCUACUAGGAGACAGCGAAUGACUGAAAGUAGUUUUUUGGAUACUCUGAUUAAAAUGCAAGCCUAUGCUCGAGGCUCAAAUUUGCGCUUUGAAUUGUUCAUAAAAAGAAGGAAAAUCGAUCUCUUCGUACCUGAGAUAGAAGGAUUCAUAGCAAUUGCGAGAGGACACUUGAUACGCUGUCGUGAAUUGGGUAAAAUACAGCCAAAGCCUACGAUAGAUGUUGAGGCUUUAGAUAUUUUUAGGGCUAUUAUUAUUGGGAAUUUAUAUCGGAAUAAGGUCGAUUCUUUGAGAAUAAAAUGUUUAAGAAACGAAAACUUCAUCAGAGCUUUCCAAAACAUUGCAAAGGCUGUUUUGUCGAGAACACGUUGUAAAUCCAGAUUGUCAGAUGUUACUUAUUGCGAGGAAAAUAUUAUCAACUUACAGUCACAUAUCAAGGGCCUGCUUCUUAGACGCUUACUGCUACCCAGAGACUCUGAACGGUUUAUAACUUGCAUUCAAUCCAUCACCAGAGGAUUCAUAAUAAGAAGAAGAUUAAAUGAACAGGCACAAUCUUUAUCUGCUUCAAUUCUUCAAUUCCAGUUGCAAACUAGAGGAGUAUUGGUAAGGAUGGCCUUAAAGAGCCAAGUAGAGCUAUUAAAUGAACGCUCAUCAACAAUAGUAUGUUUACAAGGUCUAUGUCGCAGCUUAAUACUUAGAAGAAAAUACCACUGCAUAGUUCACUACACUGCGGACACUGAAGUGAUUCUUAAACGUUAUCAAGCCAAGAUAAGAGGCAAUCUAAAGCGUCAGAACUUAAACAGCUUACAACUCUUGCUCCUAGAAGCUAUUCCAUCUAUUGAUAAAUUGGUAGGCUUAUUGAAAGGCUAUGUACUUCGUUCAAAUAUGAAGUUGAUUCAGCGACCAUCAGGAAAUAUAAGGCAAAUUAUCUUGAUACAAGCUAAGCUUAAAGGUAUCCUAACUAGGUUUGCAAUUGAGUUGGUCGAUGGAGUUAUAGAGAGGAAUUUUAUAACCAUAUUCCAGGGAAAGAUACGGGGUGCAAUGCUAAGAUCUGAACUUCGCAGCAAUGUUAAUUAUUAUCGACGCAACCUUUAUGCAGCAAUCAAGUUACAGAGCGCUAUAAGAGCUUAUCAGCAACACAUGGCCUUCAAUGAACUAAAAACGUCUAAUAGUCCAGGUUUAUGGUCAGUUAGAAAGUUUGUACACCUUUUAAAUGACCGUGAAAUAAAUGAUGAAAUUUCUGUAUUACAACUCAAAAAGAAUAGCGUCAAUGAAUAUAAUAAAGCAAUCCUACGGCUUCAGUCGAAAGUACUGAAAUUAGCGGUAAAGUGGAAGUUACUAGAAAAGCGUGGGAUAGAUGCAAGCAACUUUAUGUCGGAGGCUGGCUUGAAAAACCUUCAGAAAUAUUUCACGAAAAUAGCACCAUCUUCUGUUAUAGAACGCAACAGUUUAUACAGUCAGAUUUGCUACCUGCUACAGGUUAGUCCAAAAUACUGGAAGAUAAUGUUUAAGCUAGAGCAUAAAUUAUGCAUAACACAUAUGCCAAAAUUGUUUUCAAGAAAUUAUGGACUGAUACCGUAUAGAGAGAAUAUGCUAUUCAUUAACAUGAUCGCUGAAUUGAUGAAUGAUGAUAUCAAUCAAAGCUCGAAAGAUGUUUUUGUCACUUCAGGAUAUCGAAGUUCCGCUUGGGGAACACUGCUCUCGGAAUAUCUACAAAUUCAUAAGAAUGCUGAACUUAACUCACUAUUUUCCAAAAGCUUAGUUACAUUCAACAAUAUUAAAGUUGAUUUUGAAAGUGAUCCAGCCAAUAUUUACCAACAGCUGCAUCCAUCUAAGUCACCACUAGCGUCUCAUUUAGCAAUUGCAAAUCCCGAAACGAGAGCUAAAUACGUGGAGAACAUGAUGAAUAUAUGGUCAGUUACUGAAUCUGUAAGAAUGGCGUUAACAAACCUGAAAGAUGAAAUACCACUUGAAAUAAGAUACCUAUGCACAUUGGCAUACAGAGCCAUUUCCAGGAAAAGUUCUGAUGAAUAUGAUGCGUUAAGAGCAGUUUCAAAAGUUCUGGUUGAACAUGUUAUCAUCGAAUUCUUCUACAAGCGUUCCAAUUUUGGUUUUGAGGAUAAGGUUCGUAACAUGGACGAUAAAACUAAGAUCAUAUGUGAUACACUGUCUACCAUAUUCAGCCUAAAGGACUUCACGGGAUUUUACGAGCCAUUAAACUCUUACGUCAGAGAUAUUAGACCUGAAAUAAUAGAUCUAUUAAGAAGCAUGCCCAUUUCAACAGAUUUAGGGAAAGAAUUUAGGGCUCUUUUGUAUAAAGAUAUUGCAGCUAAGGAAGGACCUUCUUUGGCAAUUCGUCAAAAAUACCUGGAUUUAAUAAUCGGGAUGUUUAUAACGCAUUCAAGUUAUCUUCCCCAAGGUGAUCCAAUUAUCAGCCUAUUAAAACAAAUGAAACGUGUAAUGGAAAGUUCAUCAAGUGGUAAUAAUGAUGUCUUAUCUUUGGAAUUAGAACCUGCAGCUUACCAAUUUCCGUUGGCAGAUAUCAAAUCUACUGAAGCUUAUAACAAGGCUAAGAGGGGUGUUUGCUACUUGAUGCAAGUAGAAGAUGUAGACACUAGCAUUACAGACCUACUAACAAGUGAAGUUUAUCCUGAAGACGAUAGGACAUUUUUGGUAUUACAACGGAAGUACCGUAAAAUCAGGAAUGACAUGCAUAAAAACUUUCCUGGAAUUAACAACUAUGUUGCUUUUAAGAAACAUGUUAUUCAACUAAUAUUGGAACUAACACAAGAAGGUUCUAUAAAUUCCUCUAAUAACUACCAAUCUCUACUAGCUGAUAUUUCGAACUCAAUCCGCAGAAGAAAUGAACCUGAAAUUACCGACGAGGAAGAUCUAUCUUCCCUAAAAAGUGUUUGUGAUAUCUUACACCAGAAGCGGGAAUACUUGUCCCUUUUAGCUACAGCCGUUGAUAUUGCGACUACAAGAACACUUAAGCGGAUACAGAAGGCGAACAGUUAUACCAACUACGUUAAUAAAGGAUCAGGAUUUAGCAAGCUCUUCAAAGAUGCAUGUAUGAAGAUACCAUGUAAUAGGUCUUUAAGCUCAUCAGAUACCAGUCAUAGAUGGAGCUUCAAACAGCUGCGUGCAAAUGGUGUACUCAGCCGAGUGGAUUCAGCAGGACAUGAAUUUGAGGCAAGCAUCUCUGGUUCAAGUAUAGAUAGGCUGCCGGACUGUGGUAUUAAGAUAUCCACGACCAACGGAGAAAACUUCCAGCUGACUAUCACCAAUUCCAGGAACAGGAAAUUUUAUUACCAAGAAGUAGUAAAGUUUAACGACUUGCUGAAUAAAGAAGCUGAAGACUGCAAUGCAGAGCUUAACGUCCAUAACUUUAUCACACUCAGAGUAUCUCGGUUAAUAGACCUGUUAUGCGGGGUGUAUCUCAGACAAACAAAAGUAUAG